ACCUCCCAAGACCGUGGACACCUCUGCGCAGACGACCGUCGAGUUCACGGUUUUCUUCGACCGCACCGCCCGCCGCGCGACAAGGCCCGCCCAGCAUGUCGUCGUCGCUCAACAACCUCAGCGCCGCGGCGCAAGACCGCAAGGCUCGCCUGGCCCAGCUCAGAGGCCUCAAGCGAAAACAGCCCAACGACGAGGUCGCCUCGCCGGAAGCCGACGACCACCACGCUCCCGCGCAUCUCACCACCGACGAGCCGGACGUCGUGCGGCAGCACCUCUCGGGCCGCAACUAUGACUUCGAGACCAAAGGCCCCAAGCUUGGCUUUGACGUCAUGCCCAACGAGGGACAUUCGCAGCCGACGCUGGAAGAGCAGGCCGCCGAGGUGGAGGCCGAGGUCAACAGACAAGCCCUCGAGGAAGCGCAGGAGGAAAAGGCCAUCGACCUGUUCAAGCUCCAACCCAAAAAGCCUAAUUGGGAUCUCAAGCGCAACCUCGAACAGAAGAUGGCGGUUCUCAACGUGCGAACCGAUAAUGCGAUUGCGAGGCUAGUGCGGGAGAGGAUAUCUGGGGCCCAGAAGGCGGCCCAGAAGAGCGGCGCCGCUGCCAAUGGGAGCGCCGACGGGGAGGCGGUAGGCAUGGACGGUGUCGCUCUUGUCGAAGGCUUGCGGGUUCGGCAACAAGAGGAGGAAGAGGAGGAGAAACGCGAGCGGGAGGAGGACGAGGCUCUACUGGCAUGACGGGGGGCACAAGCCGUAUUACAUUGUUUUGCUUUGCAUCUUGGGUUUGGCGUUCAGUCUGCCGGAGACUGGGGAUACAUCUGGUUCGAACGUAAUUUGAUACCCAAUCAUCUACCGCC